AGCUGUCAUGUUGGGGCCCGGGCAGCCUCCCCGCCGCGUUAUGCCGUGUUUUCCGAGCGCUGCGCGCUUCACUGUGCAACGCCUACACUUUCACAAGUGAGAGGGGAAGUGAAAGGCAAGUUACCUUCUCUCAAAAUGCAGCCAUCAGGCAGCCUAGCCUACUGAGCGGUCUAUAACCGGGAAAGAAUAAUGUUUUAAGAAGAGACUGCCAUUGUCACACUGGUGAGAGCAGCGGUGCGGGUCACGGGUGUGCCGUUCCCAGCGGGAAAUCAUCAAGGGAACAGGGAUCAAAUGAACAAGACCUGAGGCUAAAAUUAUUACAUUAAAGAGUUGAAAAACUGGAUUUAAAAAAAAAAAAAAAAACAAAUGAAGUUACAAAUUCUUUCUUUUAAAAGCGUGACAGCAGAUGGCAUUGACACGCUCGGUACUGCUCUCUCUCGGAAGAGAAAGCACAAGAGACGCGGAACGGCUGUGCCCCGGAACCAAUGUCGCUCCAACUCUGUGGCACGUCGGACCAUCCAGAAGGACAAGCAGAAGAGGGGCUUGGGUCGCGGGCUCCUCCUCCUCCUCAGCGGUGCGGCAUCUGCAUUGUGCGCGCUGCCGCCGGGCCGGUGGGUUCUCCGUGGCGGAUUGCGAGCAGCCGGAACGUCGCCCUUCCUCCGAGGUCACGUGUAAAGCAGCGGGAGCGGGAGAAGAGCAAGAGGGAGAGUCCGAGUCGCUGGACGAGCGGUACACGGCCGAGCAGCGGUCCGCCAUCCUGCGGGUUCUCAACUCGGCGACGGAGCGCGAGCUGUGCGCUGUGAAGCGGCUCAGGGGCCAGAAGUCGCAGAAGAUCGUGGAAUACAGGAGCAGGAACGGGCCCUUCCGCGACCUCGAGAGCGUCGUGAACGUGCCGGGGCUGAAGCACAAGACGGCCGCGGUCGCGUUCCACUCCAUCCUGUCUCCUUCCGAGAGCAAGAAGAACUUGGACUCCUUGAAGGAGGACAAGAAGAAAGGCAGAAACCGGCUGGUGAAAGCCAUCAGACCGGAGGUUGAUCUCAACAUUUUGAAGGAGGCCCGCGUGAUCGUGUCCAUCGCGUACAGCACGAGCCGCAUCGCGUGGGCGCACGUGGACCGCGCGCGCGCCGUGCGGGACUGGCAGCAGGAGGACUGCCACAGCUUCAUGCGAGGCGCGUACACGGCCUCCGCGUACCUGCGCGACGUUUCCGCUGUAGUCUCACGAAUGCCAACAGCGGAUUUCUUUGUGGUGGAGAAGCCAGGAAUUUCCUUACAGAACACAUCACUGUACCCUGCCAUGGCACACCUACGUACGGUGGAGGCCAUGCUGUUCGCCCUCCUGGAGUCUCCCCAUGGCCCACCCGGCAGCAAGCCUAAAGUGCUCAACAUGAUGCGCACGGCGGUGGGACGCCACUUUGGGUUGAUGGUGGGUGAGUCACGGACCAGUGGGGUUCGCGCGGUGCAGGACAUGAUGACGGAUUCUGUGAUCCAGAAGGCUCCUCGUGUCACCUUCCCUCCUGAACUACUGGCACGGUACAGGAAUGCCUUCCAGAUGAGUUCACGUAACCGUGGGGAGGAGCUCUGUGAUGCCUUACUGCAGGCAGUGGCCUUCUAUGAACUGCUUAAGGAAUAGAGCAGGGGACCCUUCCUCCACCGCAUCUAAGUUUCACUCUUGAUUUAUUUCUGCUGACAUACUGCUGUCCAGGACUGUAGAUGUACCUGCCCAAUAACGCGGGAUACAUUUACCUCUGAGUAGUCACAAUGCUGUUAAAUUUGGGCAUUUGUCAGAGUCUUGCCUAUGAAGACUACAAUGAGUCAUCUAGGUAUGUUGAAAUCACUGGUGAGGUGAUACUGGCACAGCUUAGUCAGGGUUGUGUGACCCCUAUAAAAGCUGACAGCUUCUUUAGUCUCCUCAAAACCUACGGUGGAAAAUAGUCACCUUUAGAUUGGUUGGUUGAUGGAUGGAUUCCAGUGGUAGGCUAACAUGGUGCCCACUAAACACUUUUUUUCCACCCCAUUUAUCCUUGGAA